ACAAAGUCUCUAAGAAAGCGUGAUACCUUCUGCUAAACCUCAACAUAUCACAAAGGUCCACAUAGCCAUUUACAAAACGAUUUAUAAUAGUGUAGUAAUUCGUUAUUUACGAGGACUUGAAGACGGGAUAACACUCUUUUGCUGCUUGUACGCUUUAGUCGUAAAGUCAUGUCCUUCCAUCAUGAUCGUGCCGGUCCCAGAGGAGGAAUGCCUCCAGGCCAGCAUGGCUCCCCUCAAAACUACCGCCCCACCAACCUGAGGCAGCCACCUCCCCAGCCCCCUGUUCCUCCGUACCACUAUGACCCCCAGACCCCGGCCGCUUCCGGCUACCAUGGCAACACCGGCUACAUGCCCGCACACUCCGACUUCAUGCAGUACCCUCCACCUGUCCCCUCUCAGCCUCCAGGUUCUCUCAACCAGUGCCCCGUGCGUCCACCUUUCCCCAAGCCCCCUGUCCGGCACGGCUUCCCCGAACCCCCGCCUAACUUUCCACCCCCUCCUCUCCCCAGCUCCGCGGGCGGUCCCACCCAAGGGUCUCAGGUGUCUGCUCAAAACGCCUACCACCCUUACAUGAUGCCUCCUGUGCCCCCGCCACAAUUACCCCACCCACCCAUGCCGCCCCCUAUGGCUUCACAGUCUAUGGGCUACCACUCUCCGUACUCCAUGAACUACCCCCACCCUCCUCACCCUCCUUUCCCUCCUCCGCCGCCCUUCAACCCGGGCUACACUCAGAGCCCCAGCACAUUCAAACCUGACCACGGCUUCAGGCACGGGGGGCAGUACAAGUUUGAGAAGCCCGCCGACAGCCGCAGGUCUCCAGAGAGAGGCUAUCACCACGACGACCACAGGACACAGAAGGGCUACGGCUACGGCAGCCACGGCGAGAAGAGUAAAAUGGAAUUUCCCGGAGAGAGGAAGGACCGCGGGAGGAGCCCAGACAGGCGCGGCAGACCGGAAGGGGGGCGGUACAGGUCAGAGUACGACAGAGGGAGGACUCCGCCCAGACACAGGAGCAGGGACAGAAGCAGGGAGAGGUAUCGACACAGAGAAAGUCGGAGAUCCCAGUCGCCUGACAGACACAGAAAGAGACCUCGAAGUCGGUCUUCAAGCAGAGACAGGAAGCGCGGCCGCUGGGAGGACGAGAGGGAGAGGAGGUCCGAGAGCUCGUCCGGCCCGAGCAGAGAGCGCAGCUACGUCUCGGUCAGGAGCCGAGACUCCGAGGAGGCCUCGACCGACAGAGAGCGAGAGAGGGAGAGAGAGAGGGAGCGGGACCGAGACAGAGAGAGAGACAGAGAGAAGGAGAAGGAGAAGACGGAGGAGGAGAAAGAGGAAGAGGAGCUGCUGAAACCGGCGUGGAUCCGCUGCACGCACGCCGAGAACUACUACUCCAGCGACCCCAUGGACCAAGUGGGAGACUCCACCGUGGUGGGGACCAGUAAGCUGCGGGAUCUUUACGAGCGCUUCGAGGAAGAGCUGCUGAAGAGGCAGGAGAGAGCGAAGGCUGCUCGACCAAAAUGGGACCCGCCCAAGACCAAACUGGACGAAGACCCAGACGACAGCAGCAGUGAGUCAGAAUGUGAGUCAGACGCUGAAGGUAGCACCUGCUCCAGCAGCUCCGACUCCGAGGUGUUUGAUGUCAUCGCCGAGAUCAAGAGGAAGAAAGCUCACCCCGACCGGCUGCACGAGGAGCUGUGGUACAACGACCCGGGGCAGAUGAAUGAUGGUCCCUUGUGUAAGUGCAGUGCCAAGGCCAGACGUACGGGGAUCCGCCACAGCAUCUACCCGGGGGAGGAGUCCGUCAAACAAUGCCGAAUUAUGAACAACAAUUCAGGCAAACUGUUUCACUACAGGAUCACCGUGUCCCCGCCCACCAACUUCCUGACGGACAGGCCGACGGUGAUCGAGUACGAUGACCACGAGUAUCUGUUUGAAGGCUUCUCUCUUUUCUCUCACAAACCUCUCACUAGUAUCCCAUUGUGCCGUGUGAUCCGCUUCAACAUAGAUUACACCAUCCACUUCAUAGAGGAGAUGACACCGGAGAACUACUGUAUCCGAGGCCUGGAGCUGUUUGCUUCCUACUUGUUCCAGGACGUUCUGGAGCUGUACGACUGGAACCUGACAGGUCCUGAAGAUGAAAACGAGGAGUCUGGAUGCCAGCAGUUUCAUUUCAUGCCUCGUUUUGUUCGAUUCUUACCAGAUGGGGGGAAGGAGGUGCUGUCCAUGCAUCAGGUGCUGCUGUACGUCCUGCGAAGCAGCAAGCCGCUGGUCCCCGAGGAAGAGAUUGCAGAUAUGCUGCAGUGGGAGGAGCUGGAGUGGCAGAAAUACGCGGAGGAGUGCAAGGGCAUGAUCGUCACCAACCCGGGCAUGAAACCGAGCUCGGUGCGGAUCGACCAGCUGGACAGGGAGCAGUUCAACCCGGACGUCAUCACCUUCCCCAUCAUCGUUCAUUUUGGGAUCAGACCCGCUCAGCUGAGCUACGCAGGAGACCUCAUAAGAGAAUGCAGCGGGAAAAGGAUUUCCUACCGCCGCCUAAUGAUGCGCGUAGCGAGGGCAGGAGUCGGUUUUGAUUGCGGCCAGAGAGGGGCAGCUUUUCGGACACAGCAGCAGCAUAUAUUAACUCAGGAGACUGAAGAAGCUGUGUUUGUCUUCUUCUUCUUCUUUUUUUCUUUUUUUCUCCCGCCUCCUUACAUCGCCCUGCAUGACGAGCUUGUGGUCAGGGUCGCCACUCGAGGUUCGUCAAGCUCCAUCACGGCCGCUGAGGCGAGAAUGAUGACAAGUCAGAGGUACCAGAAGCUGUGGAAGAGCUACGUCAAACUACGCCACCUGCUGGCCAACAGCCCCAAGGUCAAGCAGCUUGACAAGCAGAAGCUGACGCAAAGAGAGGAAGCUCUUCAGAAGAUCCGUCAGAAGAACACCAUGCGCCGCGAGGUGACAGUGGAGCUGAGCAGUCAGGGCUUCUGGAAGACCGGCAUCCGCUCCGACGUCUGUCAGCACGCCAUGAUGCUGCCUGUCCUCACGCACCAUAUCCGGUACCACCAGUGUCUGAUGCACCUGGACGACCUCAUUGGCUAUGUCUUCAAGGAGCGCUGCCUCCUUCAGCUCGCCAUGACUCACCCCAGUCACCACCUGAACUUCGGCAUGAACCCCGAUCACGCGCGCAACUCUCUCUCCAACUGUGGCAUCCGGCAGCCCAAGUACGGAGACAGGAAGGUCCACCACAUGUACAUGAGGAAGAAGGGAAUCAACACAUUGAUUAACAUCAUGUCUCGUCUGGGGCAGGAUGACCCUUCCCCCUCCAGGAUCAAUCACAACGAGAGACUGGAGUUCCUGGGUGAUGCUGUUGUCGAGUUCCUCACCAGUGUCCACCUGUACUACCUGUUCCCCAGUUUAGAGGAGGGCGGCCUGGCCACCUACAGAACAGCCAUCGUACAGAACCAGCACUUAGCCAUGCUAGCCAAGAAACUGGAGUUAGAUCGCUUCAUGCUCUACGCACACGGACCCGAUCUGUGCCGGGAGUCGGACCUGCGACACGCCAUGGCCAACUGCUUCGAGGCUCUUAUCGGUGCUGUGUAUUUGGAAGGAGGCUUGGACGAGGCGCGUCAGCUCUUUGGUAGACUGCUUUUCAACGGCCAGGACUUACGAGAGGUCUGGCUCAACUACCCACCACACCCCCUGCAGGUCCAGGAGCCUCAGACGGACAGGCAGCUGAUCGAGACGUCUCCCGUCCUCCAGAAACUGACCAGCUUUGAGGACUCCAUUGGAGUUCUGUUCACACAUGUGCGCCUCCUGGCCCGAGCUUUCACCUUGAGGACCGUCGGCUUCAACCACCUCACCCUGGGCCACAACCAGAGGAUGGAGUUCCUGGGAGACUCGAUCAUGCAGCUGGUGGCCACGGAGUACCUCUUCAUCCACUUCCCCGACCACCAUGAAGGACAUUUAACGUUGCUUCGCAGUUCUCUGGUGAACAACCGCACGCAGGCUAAAGUGGCGGAGGAGCUGGGCAUGCAGGACUUUGCCAUCACCAACGACAAAACCAAACGUCCUGUCGCGCUGCGGACCAAGACUCUGGCUGACCUGUUGGAGUCUUUCAUCGCCGCUCUCUACAUUGAUAAAGAUCUGGAGUACGUGCACACCUUCAUGAACGUCUGCUUCUUCCCCCGGCUGAAGGAGUUUAUCCUGAACCAGGACUGGAAUGACCCGAAGUCUCAGCUGCAGCAGUGCUGUUUGACCCUGAGGACUGAGGGCAAGGAGCCCGACAUCCCACUGUACAAGACCCUGCAGACAGUGGGGCCCUCGCAUGCCCGCACCUACACCGUCGCUGUGUACUUCAAAGGGGAGCGAAUCGGCUGUGGCAAAGGCCCAAGGUGA